AUGGCGAGGGCAGGAGAGCGGGGCGACGAGGGCGGCGCGGAGCUCCCGUCCGUCUCGGCCCGGGCCGGGGGCGCGGGCUGCGGGGCUGCGCUCGGCUCGGCCGUGGGGCUCCCGCCUGUCUUUCCCUCCGCUGCGCCCGUGCACCUCGCCGCGCUCCCGUCUCCCGCCUGCUCGGCGAGGUGCGGGCCGUUUAUUCGAUCGUCCUCACAAAUAGCCACAAAACGGCCACCUUUACAUCGUGGGUACAUGGGGGUCGGGCAGGAGUGUGAGGGGUUUCUCGGUGUCCACGGCGGGCCGGAGGCGGAGGGCGCACAAGUUGGCGCCGAUCCGAGCAACGCGGAGACGUCGCAUCACUUCACCUUUCGAUGGAUCUGUUUGAAAGAGUUGGCAAGGAUCAGGAAUACAGUUGUUUCUGCUGAAGUGGGAAGACACAGACCCAACCAUCUCUGCCUCUUGCCUAACGCUCCAGUCAGGCCAAACUCACAGAGAGGAUGGAAUAAGAACAAAAUAAAAGCCAAUAGGAAACAGGAAGAUCAAUCUUUAGCCAAGGGAAGGGAACCAAGAGAUAGAAAAGCUGCAGCCCACCACUGGGGUCUGUGGUCAAUGGAUGCUUCCAGCUGUCAGCCCCCUCCCCGAGUGCAGGUCUCACUGCGGAAGGCAGCCUUACCUGGGGUCAUCCCCUAUGGAGCAUCUGUCUUCUUCAUAGUUAGCAACUUGCAGUUUAGAAGCCCAGCUUUUUCAAUUCAGUGA